UUCGAAGAAAAUCACAUUCAUUAGGUAGCGCGAAGCGUCAUUUGCAAACAAGUGCACUGAUUCGUAGAAGGGAAGCGUACUACGGGGGGCAAGUUCAGCAUAAUCUGUCUUCAAAUUUUGCGUUACGUUCCCGGUUACGCUUUGUGGCAGCUCUGACCGCGUUGUUGCUCCCGUGAACAUUCCUAACGGGCCACAUGUGCAUCUGGUGCGUGGUUCCAUGCAAGAAUUUCAUUGAUACUCGCCUGAAGGAUAAUUCACUAGCAGUCUGUUGGAGGAGGUAGGAGACACCCGCCAGUUGAUUUAUGCUCUCCUCGCCACAUGUCUUACAGUCCAACUGCGAGCUAGCGUUUGAAGUAUAUACUUUUGUACCUGUAUGCCACAAUUUAGACGAGAGCCGCAUCAUCCUCAAUUUAUCCGCUGAGAAAGCGUCAUCAGCAGGGCAAGAAUUUUGAUUGGAUUACAUUGACUUAAAAGUUCAAACAGUGACCAUAGUUGGUAUUAAAUGAGCUGUGCCUAACAGAGGCAAAAUAAUUCAUUCCUGUAUCUUCAGUUCUAAGUAUGACAUAAAUUUUGUGCCAUUGGUGCUGGCGCUGGGAUAACAAACGAUCGACAACAGGUGAUGUCAACGUCAAACGAUCGCGACGAACUAAUGAAAUGCCAGUCCGACGGUAUCGUGUCGGAAUCAACAUUUAAUCUCCUUACGUUCUCGGUAGCGUCGGAAUGCCAUGACCUUUGCCUAGCCGAACAACAUGUCUCCUCGGAUAAAAAUAUCGAAAAUGUUAACGACGGAAUUCGAAAUGACAACCAAAGCAGGACGGUGAACGCACGCCGUAGGUGGAAACUGUUGGCAAAGGCCCUGCGACAUGAUUCUAGCGAGGACGAUCAAAUACUAAAAUUCAACCUUAUCGAACUGGACCGUGCUUGCGAUGAGAAAGAUGAAAAUAUUUUUGUGUAUAGGUUAGCCGACCGGUACCGGUUGAAAAUUCGACUGAUUGGAGAGAGACCCUGGACAGCUACAGAACUGAUGGGGUUCAACAAUACUGGUAACAUUUGCGUGUGGCCUUCGGAAGAAGCUUUAGCAUACUAUGUACUGUCACGAUUAAACAUAUUUGAAAACGCCAACGUCCUCGAGUUGGGUGGCGGAAUGACUUGCCUGGCUGGAUUGAUACUGGCGAAAUAUGGCAACCCUGCGUUUGUUCACGUGACCGAUGGGAAUGAUUUGUCAGUCAAAAACGUAGAGAAAUCGCUUCCUCUGAACAAAUUCAACUGCACAAUAAAAACAUCCGUCCUGAAGUGGGAAUCUGCUAGUAAUAAUCAAAUGUCUUACGAUUCCGAUCGUUCUCGGUAUCAAUUUAUCCUGUCGGCAGACUGCCUGUUUUUCGACGAGUCGCGAUCGCAUCUGAUCGACACUAUCUGGAUGUUUCUCGCUGACAACGGAGUUGCACUCAUAACUGCACCGCGCCGAGGUCAUACCUUGGUCCAUUUUCUCGAUGAAUGCGUCGCGAAAGGUUUUUAUUACGAUUUGAUGCAUUGCUACAAUGAAGCGAUUUGGAACAAACAUCUGGAGCUAAUCCAAACCGAUGGAUACGACGAAAACAUCCAUUACCCGGUGUUGGUGAGAAUGUACAAGAAAAAAAUUUGAUUUGCGUCACGGUUGAUAUUUUCGUCCAAGUGCAUCUUUAUUCGCAAUUCCAAAGCAAUACAAAUUGAACACGUUGGAUCGUUUGCGUUUUGCCAACUCAAAGAUUGGCACAAUGACCAGGUCCAUGUUCUGCCGUGAAAGUGUGUGGAAGGUGAAUAGUAGAUAUUAAACUGUAUGCUUGAAUAGUCUGCCUAUAUUUCUAGUCAAUUCACGGGUGAGUCGUUGAGGCAUUAAUUUUAAAGGUUAUUUUUAUUGUCAAGCAUCCGCAUCCGUUGAGCUGCAUUAGGUUAAGUGUCAGGAGAAAGAGCACGGAAAUUUCCGCAGUGUAAUGUAGAAUUUCACACCGACUGAACCCUUUGUUCCUGAAAUGACCAAUGACACGUUAAAAUAGUUAUCAAGGUAUAUAUGGCGGAAGCGUAGCAUUGUAAAAGCCUUAGAAUAGUUGGUACAUAUAAUUGUGAAAUAGUUAAAAAUUUCAACAUUUAUCACAUUUCCAGAGAGAACAGACAACCAUGCUAGAAGAAAGUUUCUUUGUAAAGCAUACAAGUGAAAAUUCAAUAAAAAUCGAUUUUGCAUGCAAGUUAUUUUGCGUUUAAAACAUUAUUGUAUGCAAGCUGUACCACUAAUGCCCAUAAGCGGAAAAAGGAACUUUUAGAAAUGAGAGUGAAUUUUUUACUCACACGAAAAUUUCAUAUGGAUGUCUGUUAUCUGUGAUUUAACUCCCCACUAAGAGUGCAUGUGUGCAUUGAGCUAUACUACACCGGUGUAGUACUGACUACACUUGCUCAAAUGUAAGUGUAAUCAGAAUUUGAAGCAUCCGUUUCUGUGUCAGUGUUGCAAACAAAUGUUUCGUAUAUUUUUACAUCUUAGUAGAAGGCAAAAUUCCGAAAACCUUCUGAUUUUUUUUAUUCAGACUCUGAAGAAGCCUACAAUUAAACGCGUUGGCGGUUUAGUGCGUAGGUUGCUGGUCGUACAAGCCAGUUUAUGUAUGCUAGAGCCCUGACCGUCAUGCAAUGUUUCUGUACGGAAUUAGGAAUCAACUGGAAAGUCUGUUGAAGCUUAAGCUUUACAAAAGGAAUGUAAUACCAAUAAUUGGACACGAAAUACGUAUCUGUACAGGUUAGAAAGAAAAAAUAGUAGAAUUAAAAGAACGGAUUUGUCGAAUUGUUGAUCAUCAAAAGUUUUAUAGGUUUAUUUUCAAUUGUCUCUGAAAAUUUGAUACUCGGAAAUUAGUGACGUAAAAAUGCCCAAGCUCAGUUAAUGAAGCAAGUGCCAGUUAAUAAUACAUAACCGGGUAUAGUAGAAUGUAAGGCGAUUAGGAAUCUUGAGAUUGAAAACGAUUUUUUAACAACAGGUUAACGAUUCAUGUCACAAUAAGAUUUCAGUUCUAAGCUCGAAUUAGUUUUCAAAUAAUCAAUAUUCAAUAGUUAAAAGGUGUAUAAGAUUGAUUUUAAAUUCAGACGGAAUAAGCAAAAAUAAUUCGUUAUAAUAAACAAGUUCUUUUCUUUAACGGGAUGUAAAUGAAACGUUAAAACUCUUAACAUUUGGAGCAAAUAAAGAAAUUUCAUCACAUCAAAUAACACGUCUAAGGUUUUAGAUAAUAAUGCUCUUAUAUUUAUACUUUUAUAUCGCGGACCCGAAACCCGACAAAAUUCUUGAACCGACUCGUACAAGUUUAAAAUCAAUAACCGACCCCGAACUGCACCCGUCGGGUUCGUAUUCGAUUUUUGGGUACAAAUACCCGAGACUGGUCUGAAAAGUCUUCUAGUGUGCAGAUCACAAUUUAGGAAUGACUGGAUUUGAAAGACCAAUGCAUUAUUACAGUCUAUCAGAAAAAAAGACCGGCGGAGGUAUUUUUUGGAGCCAGAUUAAGGUGUGAUUUAAAGUCUUAAAAUGGUCUUUUAAUGACCAUGUGACCGUUCAUCUGAACUUUAGUUUGUAAAUAUCGGUCACGCCGAUUUGACGAAAGUGACUAAGUAGUUUGAAAUUGAAAUUUUUUCCCUAAUCAGAAUGUAAUUCCCGAAUCCGAAAAUUGGAUUUAAGUAAAAUUCAGAAGUAUGGGACUACAAGACCUUUCAUUUGAAUCUAAGUUUGCUAAAUUGGUUCAGCCAUCUCUGAGAAAAGUUAGUGAACAUGUUUUCAUUUCUUUAAUACAUAGCGCUCUGUAAUUCCGGAAUUUAUUUGAAUCUAAGUUUGUUAAAAUCAGUCCAGUUAUCUCUGAGAAAAGUGAGUACACUAAAAUUUUACAUACUUAUACACACAUACCGACAUUUUACGUACACGACGAACUGAGUCGAAUGGUAUAUGAAACUCGGCCCUCGGUUAAAAAAUUAAAGGAAAAUGCUAACGUUAAUGUUUUCGAAAAAUCAUCAUUCUAUUUAAAACGAUAUUGUGAAUGAGUUGAUAUUUAUUUUUUAAUGUUCCAUUCUACGGCAGUAGAAAAAACUGGUUUUGCUUUCCUCGAAAAUUUCCUAAGAUCGUAAAGUGCCGUUGAACCUGCCGAUUUGAGUUAAAUGAAAAAUGACCGUUUCUUCUCGAGUGAAGUAAGAAUUAUGUUCGUGAUUCUUCAUGAUUUGAUAUACUAUAUUUCCAAUGUUUUACAUAAUUGACCAGUGAAUAUCGAGUAUACAAGCUAAUCAAAAUCCACUUUCUAAUUGAAAACGAUUCCAUAAAGAGUAAGUUAAUAGUUGUUUCAGUUAUUCAUGCAAAUGCUGUUGGAUAAAAUUUAAACGAAGUAAAAACCGGAGUGAAAUGACAUAAUAAAAAUAAAAUUGAAACAAGUCUUGUAUUGCAAAAUCGAAAUACACUGAAGUCUUUUAUUAUGCGAAUUUACGUACCGCAUAA